UACCUGCACUUUUCAGAUGUAGAGGAAAAUCUGAAAUCUCCAUGGUUCUUCAUUCAUGGUUCUGACCCUCAAUAUGGUUUUCAUGACUAUAAAAGCGACUAUCCAAAUAUGGAUCAGGAAAUUCAAAUCACUGAGAAACUAGUGCAAAAAAUUAAUAACAUGAAUCCUAGACCAAGAUUUUUUCAUAUUUCUGGAGAUUUGGUUAAUGUUUUUCCAAGUUCAAAUUAUCAUAUUUAUAAAUUGGAAGAAGAAACAUUUAAAAAGAUUUUUGGGAAAAUCAAUGCAGAUAUUCCUGUACUUGUGGCCUGUGGAAAUCAUGAUAUAGGAGAUAGUCCCACUCAAGAAGAUCUUGAUAUAUACAAAGCAUCAUGGGGGGAUGAUUACUAUUCCUUUUGGUGUGGUGGAAUUUUCUUUUUGGUUAUCAACUCACAGUAUUAUAUUGACUCACACAAUGUACCUAAUUGUGCAAGAAAACAUGAAGAUUGGAUUGAAGAACAAUUGAGAGUAGCAAGAGAAAAGAAGAGUAGUCGAGUAAUAGUUUUACAACAUAUUCCAUGGUUUCUGAAGUCUGCAGACGAGCCUAAUGACUACUUUACUAUUAAUAAUCCUAUUCGCAAUGCAAUGCUGGAUAAGUUUGUUAAUUCUGGUGUACAGAAAAUAUUUUGCGGACACUAUCAUCAAAAUGCUGGAGGUGUUUAUAAGGACAUAGAAAUUGUAAUAACAUCUGCCAUUUGUGGACCAUUAGGAGAAGAUAAGCCGGGUGUGAGAUUAGUGAAAGUAUACGAGAACAAAAUUGAACAUGUUUACUAUUCUGUCGAUGAUAUUCCAUCUCUUGUUACCUUGUAAUUUACAUUGUAGUUCAGAGCAGAAUUCUAAAACACUUAGUUAAGAUAUUUUUAUCAAUUGUAUUCCUAUUGUAAGAGCCAUUCAACUGGUUUUUGUUAUUUGAACCCUUUACAUCCAACUUCACCAUUCCGUUAUGAGUAAUGCAUUUUAGUUUUCAAUAAAAUGUGAAGAAAAAAAUACAAAUCUAUUUUAAGAUUGUAGACUAAAUAGUUCUAUGUGAACAUUUUGCUCUUUGACAAUCAUGAGAAAAUGGUUUGAGAAAACAACAUACUGGAAAACAAAUUCUAAGCAAAAGUUUUAUUAUCAAAAACUUCUCAAACAUAAUUUUGUACUGCAAAAUGAUGCAUCAUACAGUCAUGGUGUUGUGCACAAGUUGAAAUCCUUCUAUUUUAAAGUGUUUUUAACUAAUAGAGAGAUGUGGUUGAGUAAUUAAAUCACAAAGAAUAUCUAAUAAUAAAUUAAUUUAACAUACAAUUCAAGGUUUUGCAGGUCUCCAUACACCACAUCCAAAAUGCAAUAGGUGUUUCUGAAGGGUCUAACUUUGUAGAUAACAGCCUUUGAAACAACAUGAUGGCCCUCAUUUACAUAAAGAAAAACUAUUUUAAGGCCCUGGAAUGCACC